AUGACCAAAGUCUUCGACUGUAUGGUCAUUGCGGCCAUCCCGUCGGCUUUGUUCUCUAUUUUUGGGUUUGUCCUCAUGGCCCAUCCGCGACUUCUACAAGAUGACAACGCCACUGCAAUUUACUUUGCUUGUACUCAAUUCAUACUGAGCCUAGUAGUGCUGUUCAUAGAGGGUUAUGUGGCGAAUGCCAUUCGUGGCUACCAGACCUUGUUUGAAGAGUUUGAGGUUCGUGCGAGCCACUUCCCAUACUACGGCAUGAUGUACUACGGAAGUAUUGGUGAGGCUGUCUUCGGAUCCCUGGUGGUUAUUCUGUCUCUAGUUUAUUUUGUGAUAUAG